UUCCACCGUCUUUCCGUGCCGCCAUAAUGGUGCGCGUGAAUGUCCUGGCUGAUGCUCUCAAGAGUAUCAACGAUGCCGAACAGAGAGGCAAACGCCAGGUUCUCAUUAGGCCGUGCUCCAAAGUCAUCGUCAGGUUUCUCACUGUGACGAUGAAACAUGGUUACGUUGGCGAAUUUGAAAUCAUCGAUGAGCACAGGGCUGGGAAAAUUGUUGUGAACCUCACAGGCAGGCUAAAUAAGUGUGGAGUGAUCAGCCCCAGGUUUGAUGUGCAACUCAAAGAUCUAGAAAAGUGGCGGAAUAACCUGCUCCCGUCCCGUCAGUUUGGUUUCAUUGUACUGACAACCUCAGCUGGCAUCACGGACCAUGAAGAAGCAAGACGAAAACACACAGGAGGGAAAAUCCUUGGAUUCUUUUUCUAGGGAUGUAAUACAUACGUGCAAAUAAAAUGCCUCAGAGGA